AAGCCCUGAAUUCAGAUGCCCCUUCGUGGGGCUCCCAGCUGGUCUGGAAUUUGGAGUGCGGGAAAUGGAUGGUCAGUGUUCACUUCCCAGGGUGUUGGAAAAACCCUACUUAUUGGAGCAUCUGCCAAGCGUGGAUGGAAGAAAACUCUUGAGAGACUAAAUGCUAUGAACCUACCCCCGGACAAAGCCAGGUUACUGCGACAGUAUGAUAAUGAGAAAAAGUGGGAACUGAUUUGUGAUCAGGAACGAUUCCAGGUGAAGAAUCCUCCCCAUACAUACAUUCAAAAGCUCAAGGGCUAUCUGGACCCAGCUGUAACCAGGAAGAAAUUCAGACGGCGUGUUCAAGAAUCCACACAAGUGCUAAGAGAACUGGAAAUUUCUUUAAGAACCAACCAUAUUGGAUGGGUCAGAGAGUUUCUGAAUGAAGAAAACAGAGGUCUUGAUGUUCUAGUGGAAUAUCUGUCAUUUGCUCAGUAUGCGGUAACUUUUGAUUUCGAGAGCGUGGAAAGCACAGUGGAGAGCUCGGUGGACAAAUCAAAGCCCUGGAGUAGGUCCAUCGAGGAUCUGCACAGAGGGAGCAACCUGCCCUCCCCCGUGGGCAACAGCGUGUCCCGCUCAGGAAGACAUUCUGCGCUGCGAUAUAAUACUUUGCCAAGCAGAAGAACCCUGAAAAAUUCAAGAUUAGUGAGUAAGAAAGAUGACGUACAUGUCUGUAUCAUGUGUUUACGUGCCAUCAUGAAUUACCAGUAUGGUUUCAACAUGGUCAUGUCUCAUCCACAUGCUGUCAAUGAGAUCGCGCUGAGCUUGAACAACAAGAAUCCAAGAACAAAAGCCCUUGUCUUAGAACUCUUAGCAGCUGUUUGUCUUGUCAGAGGCGGGCAUGAAAUCAUUUUAUCAGCAUUUGACAACUUUAAGGAGGUUUGUGGAGAAAAACAGCGCUUUGAGAAGUUGAUGGAACAUUUCAGGAAUGAAGACAAUAACAUAGAUUUUAUGGUGGCCUCCAUGCAGUUCAUUAAUAUCGUAGUCCAUUCAGUGGAAGACAUGAAUUUCAGAGUACACCUCCAGUAUGAAUUUACCAAGCUAGGCCUGGAUGAAUACUUGGAUAAACUGAAGCACACGGAGAGCGACAAACUCCAGGUGCAGAUCCAGGCUUACCUGGACAACGUGUUCGACGUGGGAGCUCUGCUGGAAGACGCCGAAACCAAGAAUGCAGCCUUGGAGAGGGUGGAAGAGCUGGAGGAGAACAUUUCUCAUUUGUCUGAGAAACUGCAGGACACGGAGAAUGAAGCCAUGUCCAAGAUCGUGGAACUGGAAAAGCAGCUCAUGCAGAGGAACAAGGAGCUGGAUGUUGUUCGGGAAAUCUACAAAGAUGCAAAUACCCAAGUUCACACAUUAAGGAAAAUGGUCAAAGAAAAAGAAGAAGCCAUUCAAAGACAGUCUACCCUGGAAAAAAAGAUUCAUGAACUGGAGAAACAAGGGACCAUUAAAAUUCAGAAGAAAGGGGAUGGGGACAUCGCCAUAUUGCCAGUCGUGGCUUCUGGCACAUUGUCCACGGGGUCAGAAGUGGCAGUGGGUAACUUUGUGGGACCAGUAACGGGGGCCGCCUCCUCGGGACCCCUUCCCCCCCCUCCUCCCCCACUACCUCCAUCGUCAGACACACCUGAAGCAGUGCAAAAUGGUCCGGUCACGCCACCCAUGCCGCCACCGCCCCCGCCCCCGCCCCCUCCCCCACCUCCUCCCCCGCCGCCCCCUCCUCCUCCUCUCCCCGGCCCUGCAGCCGAGACUGUGCCUGCUCCUCCUUUACCACCCCCUCCUCCUCCCUCUGCACCCCCGCUGCCUGGGACAUCCUCACCCACAGUGGUUUUCAACUCAGGAUUAGCAGAUGGGCCAAUCAAGCUUUUCUCUGUGAAAAUAAAGAAGCCAAUCAAGACAAAAUUCAGAAUGCCAGUUUUUAACUGGGUUGCCCUGAAGCCAAAUCAGAUCAAUGGCACGGUCUUCAACGAGAUUGAUGACGAGCGGAUUCUGGAGGAUUUAAAUGUGGAUGAAUUCGAAGAAAUAUUUAAGACGAAAGCCCAAGGUCCUGCCAUUGAUCUGUCUUCAAGCAAACAGAAGAUAACACAGAAGGGGUCCAACAAAGUGACAUUACUGGAAGCAAAUAGGGCCAAAAAUCUUGCCAUAACGUUAAGGAAAGCUGGAAAGACCGCCGAUGAGAUAUGUAAAGCUAUACAUGUAUUUGACUUGAAGACAUUGCCUGUAGACUUCGUAGAAUGUUUGAUGAGGUUCUUGCCAACUGAGAACGAGGUGAAAGUGUUUCGGCUCUAUGAGCGGGAAAGGAAGCCUCUGGAGAACUUGUCAGAUGAAGACCGGUUCAUGAUGCAGUUCAGUAAAAUUGAGAGACUCAUGCAGAAGAUGACCAUCAUGGCCUUCAUUGGGAACUUUUCAGAAAGCAUUCAGAUGCUGACUCCUCAACUGCACUCAAUUAUAGCAGCAUCUGUUUCUAUAAAGUCGUCCCAAAAACUCAAGAAAAUUCUGGAGAUCAUCUUGGCCCUUGGAAACUAUAUGAAUAGCAGUAAACGAGGAGCAGUUUAUGGAUUUAAACUUCAGAGUUUAGAUCUGCUCUUAGAUACAAAGUCGACAGACCGAAAGCAAACACUGUUGCACUACAUUUCAAAUGUGGUAAAAGAGAAAUAUCACCAAGUGUCCCUGUUUUAUAACGAGCUUCACUAUGUGGAGAAAGCUGCCGCAGUCUCCCUCGAGAAUGUUCUCCUGGACGUCAAGGAGCUCCAGAGGGGCAUGGACUUAACCAAGAGGGAGUACAGCAUGCACGACCACAACACGCUGCUGAAGGAGUUCAUCCUCAACAACGAGGGGAAGCUGAAGAAGCUGCAGGAUGACGCCAAGAUUGCACAGGAUGCUUUUGAUGAUGUGGUGAAGUAUUUUGGAGAAAACCCCAAGACGACUCCACCCUCUGUCUUCUUUCCCGUCUUUGUCCGGUUUGUGAAAGCCUAUAAGCAAGCAGAAGAGGAAAAUGAGCUGAGGAAAAAGCAGGAACAAGCCCUCAUGGAAAAACUCCUAGAGCAGGAAGCUCUGAUGGAGCAGCAGGAUCCAAAGUCUCCUUCCCACAAAUCAAAGAGGCAGCAGCAGGAAUUAAUUGCAGAAUUGAGAAGGCGACAAGUGAAAGAUAACAGACAUGUAUAUGAAGGAAAAGACGGUGCCAUUGAAGACAUUAUCACAGCCUUAAAGAAGAAUAAUAUCACUAAAUUUCCAAAUGUUCACUCGAGGAUCUUAGAAACCAACCAUACAGACGAGCCGAUGCGCUGAGGAGAAGUGUCAGACGGCGCCUUGAUGAUCAGAACCUGCGUUCUGCUAAUGGUGCCGAGAUAACCAUGUGAACCUGAGACCUGCCUGUAUGAGUAGAGUAUACGUGAAUGAAACUUCCCACGUGAACUUUAUGUGCUACCAUGUAACCGUAACCUUGAACAUUGAUAAAAUAUUCUAAGGGCUCAGAUUUAGCAAACACAUAGGAAUUUAAAAAUGACGGGCUCUCCUUUCAACCUUUGUUAACAAGUGCCUAAAAGUGGAAGUACCUGCUCAGAUUAAUCAAAGCAAUAGGGUUUGAUUUGAUUAGGUAUCUUUUUACACCAGUGUAUUACCCAAUUUUUUAACCAAAAUGUAAAUUUCGUAUUACACUCAUCUGCCAUUAUGAUUGUCCCAUGAUGGCACACCCUGGUUUCCUGAUAAGUUGUAAAUAACAUGGAUGCAACUGCUGUGGGUUUCCUUUGCUGAGAUGUUUUUUAAGGAAAAAAGUUGCUUUUGUGUUUUAGACAUAUCCAUCAACUUUGUUAUUUUUAAGGGCUUGCAACCUGGAAGAAGGAAGUCACAUAAGCUCCUGUCCAUAACCAAGCCCCAGCCAAGUACAAACAGGAUGCACUGCAGUGGCACAGAGGUCACUCAACUCUCUCAUUUUACAUUCUACACUGCUGUACUUGGGUAGGACACCCUGUGAGAGUUCACCAGUAUGAAUGCAAGGAUAUGAUGGCAUACAAAUUUGUGUAAGAUUUUUUUGCAGUACUGUGUUCUUCAGCUAGAGGCAGCUUUUAAA